CUUGCCUUAAUCAUAAAAGGACAAACGUUUGAGUAUUCAGUAUUCAUAUUAAUUUUCACACCAGUAUAGUCAUGGCACUUGCACUCAACCCAAAUCAAAAUUUCACCAUCCUUAUCAUUCUUGUAAUUUCAAUGUUUUUCUUACGCUCAGAGGCCGCAGAGGGUGAGCUGCAAGGACAAAGCGUGGUAAAGGCCUUGUCAUGUUUCAACAAUAAGCAUAUUUAUGUUGGGUGUGAUGAAGCAUUCAGAUUGAACCCAUCUGGGAAUAUUAAUAUACCAGUGGAGGCCACUGAUUUUUUCUGCAGUGGACCAUGCUUAACAGAAGCACAGCUAGUGCUUAAUUGCAUAGAUGAUAUACUGUCUAAUUUCUUAUUCUACAACAAAGCCACUGUGCAACAAAUGAGAUAUGCACUGAAUGCUGGCUGCAGCUUCUCAAGACAAAGAGGUAACUUCAAUUUGGCAGAGUACAUAGGAGGAGAGACAAGUAAUGCUCCAAAAUCAACAAUCCUUAGUAAAUACUAUGUUUUCAUUCUAGCAGCAGUAACAGCAUCAGCAGCAGCAGGAGCAGUUUAUUUAAUUUGAAAAUAGGUAGAAGCAGCAAGAAGCAGAUACUGAAAGCUUCUUCCUACUUUCUUGUAACAACAUCAAUGGCUGUUGUCUUAUUCUAUACCGUAUUAUAGUUUACAAUCUGAAGUAAGGUUUCAUUUUAAAUGAAAUA